AUGAAAGUCAUCAGCCUACUUUUAACUCUUUCUACCUAUGCAUGCGUAUUAGGAAGUGAUGCCAAUCCGGAACAGAAAACAGAUCCUGAACAUAAGGGUGAUGGACCUGCUACUGAUAGAGGUAGUGGUGCUGAUGGUAAACCUGAAGGUACCCCUUCUGAUGGAGCUGAAGAAUCUACUGUUGGAUCUUCUACUGGGCCUGAUACUCAUUCUGGAGGAUCUCCUCCAACACAUCCUAAAAAUACUCAGCUUACUACUACUCCUGAUAUCCCCCCUGUGGAAUCUGUUGGUAAUAAUGAAGAUGAAGCUGCAAAUGGACUUGGACCAGAUAUUGAAGAUGAGGUUGAGGAACACAUUAGUAGUUCUGCCGGUAAGGUAGAGGUGGAAAAAGCUAAAGAUCCACCUGUAAAGAAAAACUACGGCAAGUACGCCGCCUGGGAAAACCUCGCAAAGAAGAUCGACAAGGUGCUAGAGGAGCGACAGAAAAAGGCCGAGGAACUUGCCAACAAGAUUACUGACGAGGGAGAGAAAAAGAAGGCUCUAGAUAAGGUCGAAAAAAUGAAGGAAAAGGUCAAGGCUGUAAAGGCUGAAACUAAGAAGAUUAUGGACCUUGGAAAUAAUAAACAGAACCUCAAGGGUGAAGACGAAGAGAAGAUAUCACAGAGUGCCUUCCAGUCCUCUGGUGCCUUAUUCCACACUCUCAAGGAAUACCAUGAUGAGAACAUUGAGGUUGAAAGUGACUACAUCAAGGCUGCGGUCAAGGAGAAGCGCGGAAUCGACGUCCUUAACGUCAUUACCGCUAGGAUCACCGUACUUUCGAGUGGAUCAAAGACUGUCAGCAUUCUCGGUGCACUUGUUCCCAUCCUCAUUUUCUCCCUUUCUAUAUUCUAG